UCCAUGACAACGCGCCACACACGGUUGUUAGUUCACAACAUGGAUGAAAUUCCACAUAAAUAUUGUUAGGAUCUCGGCAAAGCAUUUAUUUAGCCAACAGGCUAAAAGCCCAAAGGAUGGCUGAACGAGCUUUGAUACCAAAUCCAGAAGAUAAAAUAACGUUUUCAAAUGCAAGAAGUGAUCUGCGGUUUCCUAAAGACAGUAAAUGGGCAUGGAUUGUCUGCGUGUGUUCUUGGAUCACUCAAGUUCUCAUUUUGGGUAUACUGCACGCAUUUGGGGUUUUCUUUGUGGAGUUUAUUGAAGAUUUCAAGACAUCAAAAGCAUCUGCAGCAUGGGUGGGAUCUGUGGCCUAUGGACUGUCCAUGGCGGUGGGACCUUUCGUCAGCAUGAUGGUCGAGAAAUUCGGCCGAAGACCAGUGAUGAUGGCCGGGGGAACGCUAUGCGCCAUCGCUGUCCUCUCUUCCUCCUUCGUCACCUCCUUCUCCGUCCUCUUCAUCUCUUUCUCCGCCCUCUUCGGCGUCGGCGCCGGGAUGUCAAUCACUCCUACCAUGACGAUCGGACAAGAAUACUUUGACAAAUAUGCCAGCAUCUCUGUCGGUAUCAUGACAGCCGGGAGCUCGAUAGGAACACUUGUCACAGCUCCUCUUGCCCAGGCACUGAUCAGGUCGAUCGGAUGGAGGAACACCUUUAGGUUCUUCGCGGGAACGUGUACCUUGACAGUUCUCUGCAACACCCUCAUCCGGCCGAUUAAUGGGACAAAGAAGACGCCGAUCCAGAAGAUCCGGGGGUCCCCUUUGAGGAGGCUGAUGGAGGAACUGAACCUGUGGAAGAACAGGGUGUUCGUUGUGUGGACGGCUGCCGUCACCUGUGUCAUGUUCGGGUACUACAUACCUUACGUCCAUCUUGUAGCCUACGCAGCAGACAACGGUAUCUCACAGGAACAGGGUUCUAUGCUGGUCAUGAUCUUGGGAGCAGUCACGGCGACAGGCAGGAUUCUAUUCGGCAAGAUCGUCCAGUAUGGCUUCCUUGACCGCGUGCACAUGCAUCAGCUUUCUAUGGUGAUCACUGGAGCCGGGACGAUGUUGCUGCCGAUGAUCACGUCGUUUGGAGGCCUGGCAGCCUACGUGAUCGUUAUUGGCCUCGUGGACGGCUGCUACGUCGUUCUUCUGCCGCUGUUGACGUGUUCACUGGUGGGCUCUGACAAAGCAGUUUUAGCGUGGGGCUUUCUGGUUGGGGCGUCUUCCAUUACAUUCACACUGGGACCACCAGUUGCAGGAUUCAUGUACGAUGCGCUCGGCAGCUACAACGUUGCAUUCCACGUUGCUGGCAUCCCAGUUCUGGCCGGAGCCCUGAUCCUGUUCCUCAUCCCCUGGGCACAGCGAACAUCCCAGUCAUCCAACAUCAUCAAGGUGAUCAGCAUGGCUCAAGUUCAAGAUCAAGACGAGGAAUCCAUAGUAGACUUCAUCACCCUGUCCAAGGAGGGCUCGGUAUUUGACCCUGAAGACAGUCCUCCUGCUCUAGGGAACCCCGUGUCCCUUACCGACAUUGAUGCUUUGUCCUUCAGUGACAUCAACCAGGUGACAGUGGUGCCUAAAUCACCAGGAGGUAGGCGGGCUCUGAGGGAGGUGGACUUUGCCCUUUCGGCUCUUCAGAAAAGUGACCAAGUGCUGUCCAAGAUGCUUGGAGGUGGACGUAAAGGUCAUGUUCAAUGUCGAGAAAUUCCUUCGCAGUCAACCAUCAGGCGCUCUCCCAAUAACUCAACAGCAAAGGGAAGCUUCCGAAAGAGCGAUGUCAUCAACAUAUCUUCAAGCUCUCCAUCCACCAGAAGGACGAAGGACAAGUCUAAGGGCAAGUGUGACAAAGGAGGGAAGCGUUAUGGUGACAUUGGAGUUCAAGCCGAUCUCAUCUCAGUGGACAGUCAAAGGCCAUCACCUGCUUACUCAAGAAGAUCUGGAGCCGAUUCUGGCGUAUCCAUUAAUCCAUUUAAUCCAACUGCAAGUGUUCUCUACCAAGCUAUUGUAGCUUUGGAGAACCUGCAACAACUUCAAAAUGCCUCUAACACUAUGUCUGAAAGCAGUAGGGGUUCCAUGACGAGUGGAAAUCAACCCACAACACCGCUUUUGGAAGAGUUUGUGGUGGAACAGCUUGAAAGAUUGAGGGAUACGUUGAGAAGUCCCUCUAGACCAAGUGAGGAGGGAGGCCCACCAUCAACAAGCAGCUGGGUGCAGAGUAUUUCGGGGGAACAUCAGGAUCAAGGUGGAAGAUCGUCCGUUGCAUCGUCCUCUAAAGGGAGCAAUCAGUAUGCAGGUAGUAACAAAGGGGCGCACUCCAUUCGAUCAGAAGGGACACAGACGUGUGAGACGGACGUCGAGGAGAGAAGUCCAUCAUGCGUUGUCUCCCCUCACCAGCAACUAUCCACAACAUCGGCCCAGGGAUCCUCAACCAACACCACAAAUCAUUAUGAAGGCUUACGACAAGGAACAAGUCCUGUGGAUAUCCCCAGUACAUCUGCUGUUCCGACCGAGGAUCUGGAGGUGUUUUCCAUGGAUCCUCUGAGCCCGUAUGGAACCCCGCCCAAAGAAAUACCCCGGAUUCCACCGCCGCCGCCAUCACUAUCACAAGUACUUGAAUCGAGGGGUGUAUUGGCCUGUCCCCCCAUACUAGAACACAGCCCGAACAAGAUAGUCAACACUGAAGGUGGGUGUAUAUUCGCAAUGGACCCCUUUGUUCCAGCAGGUGGGCCUAUGGCUACGUCGCGACUCUCCCAAAGGGACAACGCUAUCUCUUCGUCUGUUGGCAAACAACAGGUUGUUGACGGUAUUUUCAAAAUGGACGAGUAUCAUAGAUCCUCACCCUGUGCAUCAAGAUUGGAGGAAUUCCAUACGUCACAGUCAGGUGACACGCUGGAUGCAGCGUCAGCCAGGCCUGGGACUAUUCAUAGUGGACGCUUCACCAUUGACGCUGUCACACUGUCAAAUACUGAUAAAAGCGAGGUCAUCCCUACUCUGCCGCCGCCACCUUCUAUCAGCAGAUCAUCUUGCGGGUCGGCAAAGAAAGGUGACUUACAAGUGUACAGUUCCCAGUCUAACGGGUUGGAUCAGCCAGGCAGUCUACAUAACACGGACCUUGACCUGAACAUCCAGUCGUUCGACCAGCAGGUGGCAAAAGCAAUCGUUCAAGAGCCUUCAAACACUGACGAUAUCAUGUUUGACCUUGACCUUUUAACUUCCCCUGUUGAGACGACGGCAAUUGAUGGCGGUGUUGUAAGUAUCUCCCCUGAUGACGUUAUGUUUGAUAUUGAUGUAUCACCACGUGAUGGAAUUGGUCCAAUGACAUAAGUGACAAGGAAAGUGGUCCGACAGUAGAUGUAUCCCUUCUUCAAAGGAGGCGAUCUAGGGUAUUCAACGUACAAGACUGACCAACAUUAUGGCAAUGGUGAAACUCACUGUCUGCCUGUCUAACUACACCAGAUAAAUAUAAAUGCAUAGGAAUCUGUACCUGCAUAAUUAGCACAAUGUCAACUUAAGGCGGAUUUCCAAACCACUAUUGUGUGGAAAAAGACAAAGCCUGAUAAUUGGAGGGCUUAAUUACAGUGUCUAAUGCGUCGCAAUGCAGUGUGCAGAGUUGCGUCCCUUUGGCGUGCAAGAAACCUAUGAUCCUGGGUUCGCAUCCCACAUACGCUCUGAUAAUGUUUCUGAAUAAUGUUGAUAAUGUUUCGGUGUUUCAGCACCAUAUCCCUUCUCGUGGGUUUCAUCUCACAUCAUGCUGAAACGUUAUAAAAUAACUUAAAUAUUGAUCAAAAUGGGGUUAUCCCAAACUCACACAUUUACAGUUAUACAAUUAUGAAUAUCAUAUAUCCCCAUCAGUAAGUGUGGCACUGUUGUUUUAAUGACAAAGUCCUGUAUAAGCUGUCAUAUCAGUAUUGGUUAAGAUUUGUUAUUGAAAUGAAUGAGGUCUGUUUCAUUGUUCCUUUUCUUAUAAACGUCUUUGUAUGAA